AUGCCGACAGACAGUGACGCCUCCAGCGGACUGUCGUCUCCGCAAGACAACAGGGGCAGUGAACUCUCGUCCCAGACUCCGAGUAGCGUAUACCCUCAAACACAGAGCACAGAAUUGUCCAGCCACAAGCGGAAGCGGUCUGAAUCGGUUGAGCCGGAAAAAUAUAGUGAACAUCAACCGUACGAAUACACUCCUUCGCAGCGACCAGAGCCUCACCAUAUGGCCAAUCGAGCACUCCAUGUUCUAGGCAGUGUUGAUCAAAAUGGAGGGGCCUACUACCCGAACCCUAGUCCAGUCAACCAAGAUGGUCAUCCGUGGCCGACUGACAGGCCGGGUCAAGCAUCGAGUUCUUCAAACGGUGUCCGACCGAGUACGUCCGACUCUCAGUUGGCAGAAGCCUUGCAACGGGAAACCGCCGGGCACGAAGAUGCCCAACCAAGAUCGUGGGAUCCAUCGCCGAGUUCAAAUGGGGAUGUGUCCACGGCUGGUGGUCCCAAACGGAAACGCAACUUCAGCAACCGGACAAAGACCGGCUGCUUGACAUGCCGAGCAAGGAAGAAAAAAUGCGAUGAGCAGCACCCGACCUGCGCUAACUGCAUCCGAGGAGGCUUCGAUUGUAAAGGCUACACGCGAACGAACAGACGCCAUAUCUGGCCGGCCAACGGUGGCCCGGCCAGGCCCGUCAUGCCUCUACAGUCGAAAGAUGCGCAAAGUGACGUGUCGGAGGCCCCAACUCCUCAUCCUGGCACGAACUCGGAGCCUUCGGGCGCGAGCCUUCCCGCCGCGCCUUAUGGGACCGGCCACGCGCGGUCAGGGCCAGUUGAAGACCUCGAUGGCCGGCGCCAACAACAUUAUGCGACCAGUCCUUCUGGUAACGAGCCGCGAGGUCAGCUAUCCUAUCCUGGACAGCCACAACAAUGGACACAACAACAAGCCCAACUAUCUUAUACUCCAGAGCAUCUCCCUCCUCUCUCGGAGCUUGGUCGAUCCGAACCAUCUUUGAGUGCGCAAAACAGAGACAUGCCACGACCACCUGCCCAGGGCGCGAUCCAUCCUCAACAUCCGGCGCCUCCUCUUCCUCAACCGUCGUCACAUAUAUCCCCUCGGCAUGCAGUUCUGCAACCAGGCCCACCCACCCUGCCUGCUCCUCCUGCAGGAGCCCAGCAGCAGUCUACCCAUUGGCCUCCUCACCAACCGCCUGAAUAUCGACCGGCCUAUGCCAACGCGCCUGUAGAACAUCAUGAUGCCUCCGGCCGCGGACACGUGCGUAUGCCGUCCACAGGUUUCGAGAAUCCCAAGUCUGGGGCCAGGACCUUCACCAAGGAGGAUGUGGAACGUUCCAAGAUGCUGAGAUGUACGAGCUACAACCAUCACGACCAGACUCUGAUGAAUGAACGUCAACGGUGCAAGACGGCUCUGGCACGAUACAACUCUGCCUGCGCGCUAGAGAAUGCAGCCAGCCCGGAGGAAAUUCACAGCAAGUUGAUGAAAGUGUUCGAUCCGAGCAGAGACAAUACCCACAAGUUUUUCUCUUUCCCUCUCGAGAAAGGCACGCUUGGCCACGGGUCUAGGAUCGAAGCGCCGUUCAAGUGCACCUAUGGUUACAAUAUCAAGAUCAUGGAGGACGUCUUCAUCGGCGAAAAUUGUGAGAUUGACGAUUGUGGAAAGGUCGAUAUUGGGCCUCGGACCUUCAUCGGCUCCGGCGUCACCAUCUUCACGCAAAGCGUGGGCAAGGAUCUGGUCGACCGCAAAGGAACUGGAGCGCCUUGGAUAGCGCAACAAGUCUCGAUUGCAUCGGAAGUGAUUAUUGGGAAGGGCGCUGUCAUCUAUCCUGGCGUGUCAAUUGGGAGAGGUGCUACCGUGGAGCCGUUUGCGAUUGUGCGUGAGUCGCUGGGAGAAUUUCAAACACAAUACGCGGCUGUUGGGCGUCGGGCCUAA